AUGCGCAGCGCGACGCAAACAAAUGGCCAUGUUGACCCUGGGGUCUCAAUCCGCUUUGGCCCGGUCAAGGCCGAUAAUGAUGUUGAUAUGGAGGACGCGGGAGCGGAAGCCGACGCCGCCGCGGCCCCUAAGAGGAAGUCGCGCGCCAGCGUCGGUCAAAGAAAGUCUUACGCCGAACCUGAAAGCAGUGAGGAGGAUGAUCAGCCCUUGAGCAAGCGACGUCGCACAUCUGUGAAGCAUGAGGACCCGGAAACGGAUGACGAUGUGCCGUUAGCGCUGAAUGGAAGGAAGCUCCCCAAGGCUUCGGAGACCGCCAUCGGUGAAGAAUCCGAUUCCGACGUGCCCAUUGAAAGAAAGCUCGCCUCCCAAAAGAGGAAGAUCCAACAGAAGGCUGAAAAGGAGGCCAAAGUGAGCCGCAAACAAGAUACCGCGAAAGCUACAAAGCCCGCAACGACCAAGAGACAGACAAAUGGCAUCAAGAAAGAGCCUGAAGACAAGCCUUCCGCCGUCAAAAGAACACCGAAACAAACCAAGGCCACGGAGAAGGCUGCGUUGCCUUCACACGUUAAGAGGGCCGCUUCUAGUGGCAAGUCGACCCCUGUCAAGAAAGAGGAGAGUGAGGAAGCCGAGGAUGGUGAGGAAGAGGAGUACAGAUGGUGGGAAGACCCGACCAAGGGUGACGGCACGAUCAAGUGGACGACCCUCGAGCAUAACGGUGUUGUUUUCCCUCCUCCGUACGAGCCACUCCCGAAAAAUGUCAAGAUGAAAUACGAUGGCGUCCCCGUCACUCUCCAUCCCGAUGCUGAAGAGGUAGCCGGCUUCUUCGGCGGCAUGCUGAACGCCACUCAGCAUGUUGAGAAUCCCACUUUCCAAAAGAAUUUCUUCAUGGAUUUCCGUGACAUUCUCAAGAAGACCGGUGGCGCUACCGAUUCGAAGGGCAACAAGGUGGACAUCAAGGACUUUCACAAGUGCGAUUUCCAGCCGAUCUUUGCUUUCUAUGAUGCACAACGUCAAGAGAAGAAGGCUUUGCCUCCAGCUGAAAAGAAGCGUUUGAAGGCGGAAAAGGAUGAGCAGGAGGCCCCUUUCAUGUUCUGUAUGUGGGAUGGACGCAAGCAGAAAGUGGGCAACUUCCGAGUCGAACCGCCUGCCCUUUUCCGGGGCCGUGGUGAGCACCCUAAGACCGGUCGCGUGAAGUCUCGAGUUCAGCCGGAGCAGAUCACCAUCAACAUUGGCAAGGAUGCGCCUGUUCCGCCACCCCCGGAGGGCCACCAGUGGAAAGAGGUCAAGCAUGAUCAAGAAGGCACAUGGCUUGCCAUGUGGCAGGAGAACAUCAAUGGCAACUACAAGUACGUUAUGCUCGCGGCCAACUCCGAUGUCAAGGGCCAGAGUGAUUACAAGAAGUUCGAGAAGGCUCGUGAACUGAAGCACCACAUCGACCGAAUCCGCAAGGAUUACCAGAAGAAUCUCAAGCACGAGCUCAUGGUCGAGAGACAAAAAGCCACGGCAGUCUACUUGAUUGACCAGUUUGCUCUGCGUGCUGGUAACGAGAAGGGUGAAGAUGAGGCAGAGACAGUGGGAUGUUGCUCCCUCAAGUAUGAGAACGUCACCCUCAAGCCUCCGAACAAGGUGGUCUUCGAUUUCCUGGGUAAGGAUAGUAUUCGCUUCUACGAUGAGGUCGAGGUCGAUACGCAGGUCUUCAAGAACUUGAAGAUCUUCAAGAAGGCUCCCAAGAAAGAAGGCGACGAGAUCUUCGAUCGACUAACGACAUCCGCCCUCAACAAGCACUUGUCAGCCUAUAUGCAGGGCUUGACCGCCAAGGUGUUCCGUACCUACAACGCUUCUCACACCAUGUCGACGCUGCUUAAGGAGAUGAAGGCCGAGGGCAACAUCGCCGAGAAGGUCAAGGCUUACAAUGACGCCAACCGUAGAGUCGCCAUUCUCUGUAACCACAAGCGUACUGUCGCUGCAUCCCAUGCUGGCCAGAUGGAGAAAAUGAGUGAACGGAUCAAGGGACUUCGGUAUCAGAAAUGGCGUCUGAAGCAGCAGAUGCUCGAUCUCGAACCUAGUCUGAAGAAGAAGAAAGGCGCCAAGUACUUCGAAAUGGACGAGGAUAUGGAUCUCGACUGGGUGAAGGAGCACCAGGCUUUUCUUCUGGAAGAGCAGCGCCAGAAGAUCCAGAAGAAGUUUGAAAAGGACAAUGAGAAGCUUGCUGCUGAAGGUGAGAAGGAGAUGAAAGCCGGCGAGCUUGAGUCUCGUCUGCAGGCCGUGAAGGAUAUGGAGAAGAAGUUUAACAAAGAGAACAAGUCCGGCAAGGUGGAAGCCGAAGGCAAAGGCCCGACUGUCAAUCGGAUCGAGGCCGCGAUCACCAAGCUUGAACAACGCAUCGAAACCAUGGAGCUCCAGGCCCAGGAUAAAGAAGAAAACAAGGAGGUCGCUCUGGGAACCUCUAAGAUUAACUACAUUGAUCCCCGUCUCACGGUUGUGUUCAGCAAGAAAUUCGAUGUUCCCAUCGAGAAAUUCUUCUCCAAGUCUCUCCGGGAGAAGUUCGAAUGGGCCAUCAAGUCCGUCGACCAAGAGUGGGAAUUCUAA